CCAAGCCAGAGUGGAGGCAGAAGAGAGAGGGUUCAGAAGAGAGCAGAUUUUGAGUAUUUUGCCCCGGGGGGGUACUGCUCGUGGGUUGGAUAUGGCGGAAGGCAUCAGGCCUCAGGAGCUCCUGCAGCAGCCCCCACUCCUAGGUGCGCUGUGUUGGGCGGGAAGAGUCCUGUACAGGGGAGGCCGGACUGCUGAUGCUCCCGCCUCUCCCCGCCCCGCCCCCCCCCAUGGCUCCGCCUCCUCUACCCCCUCCGGGGCGACAGUUACAGGCAAAGAGGAAGUGGUAGCCGGCUAGGAUAGGCAGGCAGGCAGGCGGUGGAGGCAGCGAGGGCGCGGGCCGCCCGGCGAGGCAGCAACCAUGGAGCUGUGGCGCCAGUGCACCCACUGGCUGAUCCAGUGCCGGGUGCUGCCCCCCAGCCACCGCGUGACCUGGGAUGGGGCCCAGGUGUGCGAGCUGGCACAGGCCCUGCGGGAUGGCGUCCUUCUGUGCCAGCUGCUCAACAACCUGCUGCCCCACGCCAUCAACCUGCGUGAGGUCAACCUGCGCCCCCAGAUGUCUCAGUUCCUGUGCCUUAAGAACAUACGUACCUUCUUGUCUACCUGCUGUGAGAAGUUUGGCCUCAAGCGGAGUGAACUCUUUGAGGCCUUUGACCUCUUUGAUGUCCAGGAUUUUGGGAAGGUCAUCUACACCCUGUCUGCUCUGUCCUGGACCCCGAUUGCCCAGAAUAAGGGGAUCAUGCCCUUCCCCACUGAGGAGGAGACCGUGGGUGAUGAAGACAUCUACAGUGGCCUGUCUGACCAGAUCGACGACACGGUGGAAGAGGAUGAGGACCUGUAUGACUGUGUGGAGAACGAGGAGGCGGAGGGUGAUGAGAUCUACGAAGACCUCAUGCGCUCCGCGGAGCCGGUGCCCAUGCCGCCCAAGAUGACAGAGUAUGACAAGCGGUGUUGCUGCCUGCGGGAGAUCCAGCAGACGGAGGAGAAGUACACGGACACGCUAGGAUCCAUCCAACAGCAUUUCAUGAAGCCCCUGCAACGGUUCCUCAAACCCCAAGACAUUGAGAUUAUCUUCAUCAACAUCGAGGACCUGCUUCGUGUGCACACUCUCUUCCUAAAGGAGAUGAAGGAAGUCCUGGGCACCCCAGGUGCACCCACCCUCUACCAGGUGUUCAUCAAAUACAAGGAGAGGUUCCUCGUCUACGGCCGCUACUGCAGCCAGGUGGAGUCAGCCAGCAAGCACCUGGACCAUGUGGCCGCCGCCCGGGAGGAUGUGCAAAUGAAGCUGGAGGAGUGUUCUCAGCGAGCAAACAACGGGAGGUUCACCUUGCGGGACCUGCUGAUGGUGCCCAUGCAGCGGGUGCUCAAGUAUCACCUCCUUCUCCAGGAGCUGGUCAAACACACGCAGGACGUGAUGGAGAAGGAGAACUUGAGGCAGGCCCUGGACGCCAUGAGGGACCUGGCACAGUGUGUGAAUGAGGUCAAGCGGGACAACGAGACGUUACGGCAGAUCACCAACUUCCAGCUGUCCAUCGAGAACCUGGACCAGUCUCUGGCCCACUAUGGCCGGCCCAAGAUCGAUGGGGAGCUCAAGAUCACCUCAGUGGAGAGGCGCUCCAAGAUGGACCGGUACGCCUUCCUGCUCGACAAAGCUCUGCUCAUCUGCAAGCGCCGAGGGGACUCCUACGACCUCAAGAAUGUUGUGGAUCUGCAAAGCUUCCAGGUUCGAGAUGAUUCCUCUGGAGAGCGAGAAAACAAGAAGUGGACUCACAUGUUUCUCCUGAUCGAGGACCAAGGUUCCCAGGGCUAUGAGCUGUUCUUUAAGACACGAGAACUGAAGAAGAAGUGGCUGGAGCAGUUCGAGAUGGCCAUCUCCAACAUCUACCCUGAGAACGCUACUGCCAACGGGCACGACUUCCAAAUGUUCUCCUUUGAGGAGACCACGUCAUGCAAGGCUUGCCAGAUGCUGCUGAGAGGCACUUUCUAUCAGGGUUACCGUUGUCAUCGGUGCCGGGCACCUGCACACAAGGAGUGUCUGGGAAGGGUCCCUCCAUGUGGCCGACAUGGGCAAGAUUUUUCAGGAACUAUGAAGAAGGAUAAGCCACAUCGCCGACCUCAGGACAAAAAGCGGAAUGACCUGGGCCUGCCCAAGAUGGAGGUGUGCCAGGAAUACUAUGGGCUUCCCCCACCACCUGGAGCCAUUGGUCCUUUCCUGCGGCUCAACCCUGGAGACAUCGUGGAGCUCACCAAGGCUGAGGCUGAACAGAACUGGUGGGAGGGCAGGAAUACGGCUACCAAUGAAGUUGGCUGGUUUCCCUGUAACAGGGUCAAGCCCUACGUGCAUGGUCCCCCUCAGGACCUGACUGUUCAUCUCUGGUACGCUGGCCCCAUGGAGCGCGCCGGGGCAGAAAGUAUCCUCACCAACCGCUCGGAUGGGACGUUCUUGGUGCGGCAGCGGGUGAAGGACUCAGCAGAAUUUGCCAUCAGCAUUAAGUAUAAUGUUGAGGUCAAACACAUUAAAAUCAUGACAGCAGAAGGAUUGUACCGGAUUACAGAGAAGAAGGCUUUCCGGGGGCUUACGGAGCUGGUGGAAUUUUACCAGCAGAAUUCCCUGAAGGACUGCUUCAAGUCUCUGGACACCUGCCUGCAGUUCCCCUUCAAGGAGCCUGAGAGGAGAGCCAUCAGCAAACCACCAGGUAGAGCAGGAAGCACGAAGUAUUUUGGUACAGCCAAAGCACGCUAUGACUUCUGUGCCCGGGACCGAUCAGAGCUGUCCCUCAAGGAGGGUGACAUCAUCAAGAUCCUUAACAAGAAAGGUCAACAAGGCUGGUGGCGAGGGGAAAUCUAUGGCCGGGUUGGCUGGUUCCCCUCCAACUACGUGGAGGAAGAUUACUCUGAAUACUGCUGAGCUUGGCGCACUGGCCAAGAGACGAGAAACUCCAGGCUCUGAGCCCAGGAUGAGCAGACAGCAGGGCCAGGGGGCUGUGACAGGUCCCACGGGCUGAGCACCGGUAUGGAUGGUGGAGGGCCAGCGUCCAGCUGGCAGGGCUCCUGGGAUGAUGCUCUGCCACGGUUAAUUUAUAACACACCGAUUUCCUCCUGGGGCCCCUCGAGAAGGCGGGGCUCGAGGCAACAGCUUUUAAUAAAAUGUCGAAAGGAA